AUGUUGGCAGUAUUUUCUCAGAAAGUUCUGGAUGGAUCCUCAGUUUGGCAGACUGCAGGUAUGGCAAUCAGAGCUGCUGUAGCUUUGGGACUACAUAGAGAACUGUCAAAUGAGUAUUAUUUUCAUCGCCAAAGAGGUGUUCCAGAACAACAAAAAAGCAAAAUGAACGAUUUAAGAUCAAGAAUGUUUUGGUCUGCAUAUGGAAUCGAAAGGAUGAAUGGAUUGAUCUUAGGGAGGCCAUUCAGCAUUUCUGAUGUGGAUAUAAAUGUUCCUGUACCAAAGAGGACUCUGAAAACGGAAAUAGCUUAUCAAGUAGUCAUGCUUUGGCAAAUACAGUCCAGACUUUCUAGCUUUAUUUACAAACCACCACGCUUGAUGGGAACACCGAAAGAGUUGGAAUAUGACGAGAAGACAAAUUCUGUACAAAUUAAAUGA